ACCUGGAGGAGCACGUGCUAAUGUUUGGGCUCCUGCAGCCUUGUUUAAAAAAACCUCCAGCUACAUCUUUACAGAAGAAGACAAAACAGAGGACAAUAACAUUGUUGAAAAGAAGGACCAGAGAAGAAUUCCGUAGCUCGCCUUCAUCGUGUGUUUGACCUUCCCAGUUGACCAGUUGGGGCGUCGUCACUAGAUCCCAGUUCAGAGAUGGCGAACAUGUUCAAAUUUGGAAGCACCACAGAUCCAUGCAGGACUGUUUCCAGUGAGAGGGCCCAGCUGGCAGAGGAAACAGAUGAGAAAGGAAACCUUGACCCAGACAGACUUAUGCAGUGCCCUUUUGACAAGAACCACCAGAUCCGGGUUUGCCGCUUCCCAUACCACCUAAUAAAGUGCAGGAAGAAUCAUCCAAAGCUGGCCAGUGAGCUGAAAACCUGCCCUUUCAACGCUUGCCACCUCGUGCCCAAGACUGAGCUGACUCGCCACACUGAGACCUGUGAGAACAGAAUGUCUCUGGACCCCGGGGCUGUCGGUGAAGGCACCAAUGGACAUGUAAACUGGCAGGUCCCAGCCAGCACCUGGGUAAACCCAAACAUGACCGAGAACUGGGAUGAAGAGGUCGAUGAUAAUGCUCCCACAUUUAAAUGGGGUCAAAACAAUGGCUUGAAUCCAAACAGACUGACGAGGCCCGCCAUCAAUGGUCUAGGUUUAAGACGGCCAGGUGUCUUCCCAGGGCCGCCGUUUAACCCGUAAAUUAGUUGCACCUACUUUCCAGGCACUUAGUGAAGGUCUAUGUUUUAAAUUUGGUUUUAACAAGUUUGUUCGCAAGUUAAAUGUUUUUAAUUUGUACAAUUGUAUUUACAUUUUCUUACUGCAUCUAGUUUGAAGAGAUCUCACUUUUAGUAGCAUGAGGUGACAAAUAACCUUAAUGUAUUGUUGCAUUUUACUGGCACAUACCCUGUUACUGUAUUGAAAGGUUUUCGUUGAAAUCUAGUGUUUAUAUUAAAGCUGUUCAAUUUGAAA